ACUGUCUUAAGUCUUAAGUCAGACUUAACUCCAAAAAUUUGCACUUAAAUUUUAAGAUAGAUCUUAAAGUGGAUCUCAAAAAAAUGUAUUAAAGUUAAGAUUGGAAUUUUGUCUUAAAUUUUAAGACUGCUUAUGGGCAGUCUUAAGUUUUUAAGUUUGAUCUUAAGUUCUAUCAAUAUGGCCGCUCUUGUUGGUUUUUUGAGAAGAAUUCAAGACAAAAAUGACAAUACCCUGCGCCAAAGACGUUGCCUCCCUCGCCCCAGGCUUUUCAGGGAUCGGCUGAACCCCCUGGAACUCAGAACAGAUGAUGAGCUGUUCGAGAGGUAUCGCUUUCGUCGUCCCACGAUACAGUUUCUCUUUGACACCAUUGGGGACAGAAUAGAGCACCCAACUAAGAGAUCGUUAGCACUGCCUGCCAUGGUCCAGCUACUGGUUUUUCUCCGGUUUGUGGCUACGGGGGCCUUUCAACAACUUGUGGGGGAUGCCAUCCACAUCUCCAAAGCUACGGCUGGACGAUGUAUUCGCAGGGUGGCUUUUGCAUUAACGAAUAUUGCUGGACGUUUUAUUCAGUUCCCUUCGGGUCAAGAUGCCAUCAACACACAGAGAAUGUUUCAUGCAGUCGCAGGGUUCCCUGGUGUGUUGGGGUAUGUUGAUGGUACCUUUAUCCGCAUCCAAACCCCAAAAGAAAAUGAGCCAGAUUAUAUUAACAGGAAAGGAUAUCAUUCCUUAAAUGUUAUGAUGACCUGUGAUGCCAACUUUAUUAUAACUAACUGUCACGAUUCCCGGGUAUUUCGAGAGAGUGUUCUAUGUCAGCAGUUUGAGAAUGGUCAGCAUAAUGAUAUACUUUUGGGGGAUUCUGGGUACCCUUGUCGAACAUAUCUCAUGACACCGUACAACAAUACCAAUGAUGUCAGAUACAGAGAGCGUUACAACAGUGCACAUUGCAGAACAAGAGUCCUCAUAGAGCAGACUUAUGGUAUACUCAAGAGAAGAUUCCCUUGCCUGUCUGUUUGCCUCAGAACAAAACCAGAAAGAGCCUGUCAGUACGUGGUUGCGUGUGUUGUCCUACACAAUAUAGGAAUCUUGAGGCAAGAUAUUGUGUCUAAAUAG